AUGGCUUUAGUAUCAUCGUUGAAGAGAAGCCUUAACUCAUCAGCAUUUGGUCGUCGUAGCACCACAUACUUAAACUCAUUUGAUUCAUUCAUGAAUACUGCUACCCUAAUUCAACGAAGAGGAGCUGUUCGAGGAAAAGCUAAUUUUGUCGUGAAUUUCGUCCCACAGCAGGAAGCUUGGGUAGUUGAACGCAUGGGGAAGUUUCAUUCUAUUUUAGAUCCUGGAUUCAAUAUUCUACUACCAUUUCUCGAUCGUAUCAAGUAUAUACAAGUUUUGAAAGAGUUAGCAAUUGAAGUACCACAACAAGGUGCCGUAACAAGUGAUAAUGUACAAUUACAAAUUGAUGGAGUUCUCUAUCUACGAGUAGUUGAUCCAUACAAAGCUUCAUAUGGUGUUGAAGAUCCAGAAUAUGCGAUUACACAGCUUGCACAAACAACGAUGCGUUCAGAAGUAGGCAAAAUCAAUUUAGAUACAGUAUUUAAGGAACGUGAACAACUGAACAUUAAUAUUGUCGAAUCAAUUAAUAAAGCAGCCGAGCCUUGGGGAUUGCAAUGCAUGCGAUAUGAAAUUAGGGACAUGACAAUGCCUAUAAAAAUUCAGGAAGCAAUGCAGAUGCAAGUGGAAGCGGAACGGCGGAAACGAGCCGCAAUUUUGGAAUCAGAGGGUAAACGUGAAGCAGCAAUUAAUAUUGCAGAAGGUGAAAAACGAGCACGCAUUUUGGCAUCAGAAGCUUCGAUGCAAGAAAAAAUUAAUGAAGCCAAAGGAAAGGCAGAAGCCAUUCAGAUAAAUGCACAGGCUCAAGCUUUGAGUAUUAAAUUGGUUUCGGAAUCAUUAAAUAAAGCGGGUGGCUAUGAUGCGGCAGCGUUAUCGGUAGCUGAGAAAUAUGUAACAGCUUUUGGACAAAUAGCUAAAGAAACAAAUACAAUAAUUGUACCAUCUGAUUUGGCUAAUGCAAGCGGUAUGGUUGCUCAAGCAAUGACUGUUUAUAAUCAGUUAGCAAAAAAGAAGGAACCAUUCAUGCUUUCAUUGAAACAAAGUGAUCCUGAAACAAAGGAUGGUGGAGGAAAACUUUCUUAG